CAGAGCCAAACAACAAAAAUUGUGUCAAUGUCUAAAUGCCCAUUUUAUAUAUUUAUAGUGCUGUCCACAGGUAUUUGGACAGUGACACAAAUUAUUUGUUGUUUUGCUCUGCACUCCAGCAUAUGAGAUUUGAAAUUUAUAUAAAUAUAUACAUUUCUCAUUUUGCCCUCGACAUUGAGCUGGCCUAUGUGAACAUGGGAAGCGCCUGUAUCCUUAAAUGGGAUGGAGAGGCUAUAAAAACAGCAAUCAUUGUUUUCACUCCCAUCAUAAAGCCAUCACCAGAGUGAAGAUAACACACACGCACACGCUCUCCCCUCACACACACGCUCACGCUCUCCCUCACACACACGCUCACGCUCUCCCUCACACACACGGUCACACUCCGGCGCCGCUUCAGUGGAUGAUCUCUAAAAAGGCAAGCCUCAGCUGCACCUGCGCAUCUGGCAUUCUGGAGUAGCUAAGCACAUCUGAAAACAGCCUCUCUGCCCUGCCCAGGUUCUACAGUGCCCCUGCUGUGGUUCCUAAGAUGGUGAUGGACACGUUUCCCUUUUUAGAGGUCUUCAUGCCUUUCGUUGGGUUCGGCAUCGUGGUGCUGUGCUGCACCCCCCUCUGCAGGGCAUGCCACAGCUUCCAGGAGAGCCGGCACGAGCGCGUCGACUCCCCCUCCGUCUAUAUCAUCCCCUUCCCCGCGGAGGAGAGAGCGCACAGCCCGCCCCGCUACAGCACCGCCGUCUUCGCCAGCCCCGCGCCGCCGCCGUACGCGGAGGUGGAGAUGAAGCCGGAGCUUUUCCCUCACCCUGAGGACGUCCCACCCCCGUACACAGAAGUGGACCUCCCGUUGCCCUCCACGGCCCCUCUGCCUCCGACAGCACCCCCGCAGCCCCGCUCGAUAUCACCCUGACGCAUGGCUGCGCACAGACAGCGCGCGGCCACAGGAGCCGCAACAGCCAGGAAGACAACCGCCCGCGAGACUACACGGACAACUUCUCUGUACGGAACAGAGGCUUCAGAACUACGGAGGGCUCCUUUCACUAGCGGAUCUUUUUACAGGGAACCUUAACGUGAAAAUGGCACCUUCAAUAUAAAUUGACUUAAUUUGCAACGAGGAGAGGAGGAUGACGUAUUAGGACUGUAAUAUCUAGUACCUGUUCUUAGGUACCAUCCAAGUGUAUGUUGUGUAAAUAUGUUCUUCCGUAAAGUUUGAUAAAAAUGUAUUACAGUCGUUGUACAGUUUACGACAGGUUUUCCCGUGCACGUCAAUGGAAAAUACGAGCGUGUGACUGACAAUCAGAAUAAAUGUUGCUUUGUUUAUUUGUAACGA